AUGCAGCUGGAAAAUGUUAUAGCUGUGACAGAAAUCCAAAGCUCUGGGGGCCAAGCUACAGUUUAUUUCCCAGUCCCAUUUCUGUUGUCUGUGGUCAAUGAUUGCAGCCACAUGGACACAGCUGAUCCUGUCGUGGCACCAAGAAGCCUUCUAGUGACAAGGAUAGUUCAUAACAAAAGAUAUAUGGAAAAGGACAAUGGGAUCAAGGGCAUGGAAGCUGUUGUUGCUUUUCCCAGGCACACAAAGGUAACUACCAGAACUCGGAAAUCCGCGACAGAGACUAAGGCAGCAGAGACGAAACACAUAGAUGUACAUACAGGAAAUAAUAAAGAAAAAGUCAGUAAAGCUAAGAAGAACAAAAGAAAGGUGGAUGCUGAAGCCCAUCUGUCAGAUGAGCCUGUGAACGAGGAACCAGUGACAAAAAAGAAAAAAAAAAAGACGGAAAGCAAAUCCAAAAAUAGUACCGAGGUGCCAAAGGAUGACAGCAAGACGGAGGAGACUAAGGGGGACAAUAAAAAGCAAAAUACUUCCAUUAAAAAAGGUGCAAAGAAGAAACCUCAAAAAGGUAAAUCAAGUGAGAAGGGCAGCAGACCUGCUCAGGAGACACAGAAGGAGACGGCUCCUGCAGAGCCUCCUUCCAUGGAGCUGGCUCAGGAGGAGGUCUCUUCCGGUCCUGUGCUCACUCAGGUGGUGGUCACCCCUACAGGCUCUACUCAGCCCGGGCUUCCUUCUCCCAUGGAUAUUGCUCAGACUGGGCCUGCUCAGAUGGAGCUGCCUUCUCCCCUAGAGCCUCCUCAGAGGGAGCCGCCUCCUCCCCUGUAGCCUGCUCGGAGGGAGCUGCCUUCUCCCCUGGAGCUUCCUCGGAGGGAGCCGCCUCCUCCCACAGAGCCUCCAGGGAUGGAGCAGCCUCUUCCCAUGGAGCUUACUCAGAUGGAACAGCCUCCUCCCAUGGAGCCUGAUCAGAUGGAGCCUCCUCCUCCCAUGGAGCCUGCUCAGAGGGAGCCACCUCCUCCCAUGGAGCCUGAUCAGAUGGAGCCGCCUUCUCCCAUGGAGCCUGAUCAGAUGGAGCCGCCUCCUCCCAUGGAGCCUCAGCGGGGACAUUGUCAGAAGAGGCUGCUUUGUCCUUUGGACCAUGCUCAGGUGGAGGUUGCUCAGACAGGGCCUCCUCACAUGGGAUCUGUUCAGAAAGAGCCUCCUGCUGUCAUGGAACCACCUCUUCAAGUGAAACCAGUCACCAAAAGGUCUUCUCCCCGAAAAGAGAGUACCAAGGAGAAGUCGGGCAUGUGGAGUGAGGUGGUGCGGCAGGAGCAAGUCCUUAUUGAAGUUGGCUUAGUGCCUGUUAGAGAUAACCAGCUUCUGAAGGGAAGCAGGCACACACAGGAUCUUCCAAAGGGAAACUCAAGAAGAGACGAGACACCCAAGGACCAAGAAAUUGGCUCUGAUGGGGAAGGAAAUAAAAUGGCCCCUCUCAAGAAAUUGGGAACAGAGGAAGCUGGCAAGAGUCUAGCUACGCUUGCUGCUCCCAAGGAAUCUACCAGUGUCUUAUCCUCGGAACAAAACUCAAAUGGGUCAGGUGGUGAAACGUUACAUGCUAAGUGUCAGACUGGUUCAGCUGGGCUUUGUGAAAUGGAAGUGGACACUGAGCAGAACCCAGACAGUGUCCCUGUGAAAGCCUCAGCACCCGAACCGGCAUCACCAUUGCCUCCUGUCCCAUCACCAACCGUAAUGACCUCGCCUCCUAUCACUUUGGCUGAAAACGAGUCACCGGACAUUGAUGAAGACGAAGGCAUCCACAGCCAUGAUGGAAGAGACCUGAGUGGUAAUAUGUCCGAGGGAAGUGAUGAUUCUGGGCUGCAUGGGGCUCGGCCAGUGCCACAAGAAGCAAGUUCAAAAAGUGGGAAGGAGGGGUUGGCAGUUAAAAUAACCAAGGGAGAGUUUGUUUGUAUUUUCUGUGAUCGGUCUUUCAGAAAGGAAAAGGAUUACAGCAAGCACCUCAAUCGCCAUCUGGUUAAUGUAUACUUCCUUGAAAAAGCAGCCGAGGGGCAGGAGUAGUGAGCCGGCCGGUGGAGGGCAGCUCGUCACAGUUUGUAAGCAAUGCCUCACUUUUAGUUUAAGGCAGUAGACACACACAAGCUCGCUUUAAUUAGUGUCCAGUGCUGAUUUUUAAGUGACAUUAUUUCCUUAGGACUGUAUGUGUUACCUAGUGACUUGCAAAAACCUUAGCAAAUCCUAGGGAGUUAAUGUAAGAAAACAGAUACUUAAUCUGUUAGCUUGUGCAGUGCAGUUAAGAAAGGCGGGAUGGUAGGUGACGUUCUCCGGGGUGUCUACCUGUGUGGAACCGGUCGGGUGUUCUGCCCUUUUCACUUCACUUGCUAUUUUUAGUUCCUUGUUUAGGCUGAUAAAAAUUGGCGUAGCAAAUUA